UUUUCUUUUUUCUUCUUCUUCUCUUACGACAACAAGUCUUUAUACAAUCAUGAGAGAAAUUAUCAGUGUUCACGUUGGUCAGGCUGGUAUUCAAAUCGGUAAUGCUUGUUGGGAACUUUACUGCUUAGAACACGGUAUUCAGCCCGAUGGUUUCAUUCCCAAGGAAAACGAAACCGACAACACCUCCUUCUCCACCUUCUUCAGUGAAACCGGCAAUGGCAAAUACGUUCCUCGUACUGUCUUUGUUGAUUUGGAACCUACUGUUGUUGAUGAAGUCCGCACUGGUACUUACAGACAGCUCUUUCAUCCUGGUAAGUCUUGAUUCUGUCGAUUGAACACGCUUAACAAUCUAUUAGAACAAUUGAUUACCGGUAAGGAAGAUGCUGCUAAUAACUAUGCUCGCGGUCACUACACUGUCGGUAAAGAACUCGUUGACUCUGUUCUUGACCGUAUUCGUAAGCUUGCUGAUGCUUGUACCGGUCUUCAAGGUUUCUUGGUCUUUCACUCUUUCGGUGGUGGUACCGGUUCUGGUUUUGGCGCUCUUUUGAUGGAACGUCU